UUGCGAGGCAGGGGCGGGAUUUGAGUAAGCAGCUCUGAGUGAGACAGCUUUAAUUAAUAUGGAACGGGAAGUAUUUGCUGUAGCUGAAAGUUUUUAAUGGGGCUUUAAAACUUUCUCUGCAUUGGAAUUAAGGGUGUGGGAAAACGUAUCUGUCAUCAAGAAAUAUAUUGCAGCGAAUCGAUAUAGCAAUACCCGUGUGUAUUCUCAAAGAGAGUACAGCAGUUGAAAAGAGUUUAUCAGAGUUCUGUCUGAAGAGUUAAUUAUCACUACAUUUUGUUGUGUAACACUGCAAACUGGUCAGUUUGCCACGUGACAAUUCUUUUUUGAUACCUGUACACCUAUACCAGGUGACCAGUAUUCUGCCUGCAAUACUGCCAGCUUUGAUGUAGCAAAGUGCUAGAAGAUGACUGAAGAGGUGCUUGUGGUUGCCAAAUUUGACUAUGUAGCCCAGCAGGACCAGGAGCUGGAUAUUAAGAAAAAUGAGCGAUUAUGGUUACUAGAUGAUUCCAAGUCCUGGUGGCGUGUGCGGAACUCUAUGAAUCAAACAGGAUUUGUACCAUCUAACUAUGUUGAAAGAAAAAACAACGCUCGAAAAGCUUCCAUUGUUAAAAAUCUGAAAGACACGUUAGGGAUUGGAAAGGUGAAAAGGAAACCAAGCUUGCAGGACUCUGCAUCGAACUUAGAUGGAGAUAGCUGCUCAGACAAUGGUGAUCGCUUGUAUGAUUUAAAUUCACCUGCACAUGUGAAAUUCAAUUACCAGGCUGAAAGAGAUGAUGAGAUAUCGCUUACCAAAGGAACCAAGGUCAUUGUUAUGGAGAAAAGCAGUGAUGGCUGGUGGAAAGGUAGUUAUAAUGGCCGUGUAGGCUGGUUCCCUUCAAACUACGUAACAGAAGAAUGUGAUAGCCCUCUUCAGGAUCAGCCAGGUUCAUUAACAGACAAAUUAGCUGCUGUUGUGAAUAAUUAUAGUAAUACCAAGGCACUGGGUGUUGUGCAGGCCCUUUACUCAUUCACCUCUCCAAAUGAUGAAGAGUUAAACUUUGAAAAAGGUGAAAGGAUGGAUGUUAUUGAGAAACCAGAAGACGACCCAGAAUGGUGGAAAUGUCGAAAAAGUGAUGGUCAAGUUGGUUUGGUGCCAAAGAACUAUGUUGUCACUUUGGAUGAAAUGCCACCGUUCUCUGAUGACCAGCCAACGCCUCCUCAAUGUGACUAUGUUUACCCUUCUGCCACUGGAAAGUUUGGUGGAAAACAGUGGUACUAUGGGAAAAUAACAAGGCACCAGGCAGAACUAGCUAUGAAUGAACGAGGGAAUGAAGGGGACUUUUUAAUUCGAGACAGUGAAUCAUCACCAAGUGACUUCUCCAUAUCCUUAAAAGCUCAAGGCAGGAACAAGCAUUUUCGAGUUCAACUUAAAGACAACCUGUAUUGCAUUGGACAACGCAAGUUCAGCACUAUGGACGAUUUAGUAGAACAUUACAAAAAGGCACCCAUUUUCACUAGUGAAAAAGGAGAGAAGCUGUACCUUGUAAAGCCUUUGAAUUCCUGAAAGGACAGUUAGCCUUCAGUGCCUGAUUUAAAACAGGCUGAAGGCCAGAAAGACUCUGGGAAUGAGUAACUUUGACCUGCGCUCACUUCAUAAAAUUCCAUCUAGUGCUUAAAUCCCGUUCAUAAUGACUACAUAUGGUUUAUUUACAUUGUAAUAUACUGUGUUUAUAUGCCUGUCUGUAAUUGUUUCCUAUAACAUUACUGAUGUUGAAUUAUGUUAAAUGCCUGCAAGGUAAUUCAAAGUAGGCACUAAACACAUGGUGCACUCUCGAAUAAAAUUGCAUUUUGAAUAUUUCUGUAA